AUUAUCAGGUGCGUGUGGUCACGUGGACUUUCGUGUAGCCUUCCCAAUCACACGCAAGGAUCUGGAGCAGCUCCCAGAUGUGUGGUUUUUAAACUAUUUACAGAACUGAGUUGGAGUUGGACUUCUGAAAAACUAGCUUAUCGAAGAAGGAAAGCUUUGCAAAAUGCCCCCGUCACAAGCGCACAUGUAAACUAGGCUAGUCAUUUUUUAUAAACUUAAAAUGAGCAGGAAGGGACUUUCGCUAGAGUUUUCUACGCCAGGUCGACAACGCACCAUCAAACAAGAUGAGUUGUGUCCGCUCCAAUUGAAUCAUAUCUGGAUUUAAACAACUACCCAGAAACUCGCCACGAGUGUCUGCAAGAUCGUAUCUGGCGCCAAGACGUGAUUUAAGCCCGACUCCUUCCCUUACGGAACACUGAAGCAAAUAAACAAAUGGCGCACAUGCUGGAGGGGCGAAUUUAAAUGAAUGUGGCACAGGCAGUUCAUAAAAAAGGGCUGUUUGUUGGUGCUUGUGGGCGCGGUGGUCGUUAGCGCUCAGUUCCCCAGAGAGUGUGUGACACCCGAAGGACUCAGGAGUGGACAGUGCUGUCCGUCGCCCUCUGGACUCAACAACGACCCGUGUGGCUCCAGCACGGGGCGCGGACAGUGUGUGUCCAUCACGGUGGACGCGCGCCCGCACGGCCCUCAGUACCCGCACGACGGACGGGAUGAUCGGGAACGAUGGCCCAUCCGUUUCUUUAACCGUACCUGUCAGUGUAACGGAAACUUCAGCGGUUACAACUGCGGCCGCUGCAGACACGGAUGGACGGGGCCCAACUGUGACCAGCGAGUUUCUGUUGUAAGAAGAAACGUGAUGCAGCUCAGCGCGGACGGGAAGCGUGCGUUCGUGAACGCGCUGGACCAGGCCAAGCGCACGGUGCACCCAGACCUGGUGAUCGCCACGCGGCGCUAUCCGGAGAUCUUCGGGCCCGACGGGAACACUGUGCAGUUCGAAAACAUCACCAUCUACAAUUACUUCGUGUGGAGCCACUACUUCUCCGUCAGCAAGACGUUCCUGGGUGCGGGGCAGGCCAGUUUUGGGGGAGUGGACUUCUCACACGAGGGCCCCGGCUUUGUCACUUGGCACAGGUUCCACCUGCUGCAGCUGGAGCGAGACAUGCAGGACAUGCUACGAGACCCCUCCUUCGCCCUGCCCUACUGGAACUUUGCCAUCGGUGGAAGCACAUGUGACAUCUGCACAGAUGACCUGAUGGGAGCCAGGAGCAGCUUUGACAUGAAUUCCCUGAGCACCAACUCUAUCUUCUCCCAGUGGAGGGUCAUAUGUGAGAGCGUAGAAGACUAUGACACGCUGGGAACCAUCUGCAACAGCACAGAGACUGCUCCCAUCAGAAGGAACCCAGCAGGAAAUGUCAACAGGCCCAUGGUCCAGCGUCUCCCAGAGCCCCAGGAUGUGGCGGACUGUCUGCAGGUUAACACUUUCGACACGCCGCCCUAUUACUCCACUUCCUCCGAAAGCUUCAGAAACACAAUUGAAGGCUACAGCGCCCCCAAGGGGAACUAUGACCCCGUGGUGAGGAGCCUCCACAACCUGGCCCAUCUGUUCCUGAAUGGGACAGGAGGACAGACUCACCUCUCGCCCAAUGACCCCAUCUUCGUCCUGCUCCACACCUACACCGACGCUAUUUUUGAUGAAUGGUUAAGGAGACACAGUCCAGAGUCGACUCUGUAUCCUGAAGAAAAUGCCCCCAUUGGUCACAACAAGGGCUACAACAUGGUGCCUUUCUGGCCUCCAGUGACUAACGCAGAGAUGUUUGUGACCGCCCCUGAAAAUCUUGGUUACUCUUAUGAAGCUCAAUGGCCAGCUCAACCUUUCACUCUGACUGAAAUCAUCACCAUGGCAAUAGUCGCUGGCCUCCUCCUUGUCGCAGUCAUUUUCGCCGCCACCACAUGUGCCGUGCGUGCCAGGUCACACAAGAUGGAGGGCCACCAGCCUCUGCUUGGGGAUCAGUACCAGCGCUACGACGACAACAAAAGCCAAUCUGUAGUCUAAGUUUGGUGUUUGGACACGCACCUCUCUCCUUUCUUUACUUUCACAGUGAUACAGCUAUGCAGUUUGUUAAAGCGUCAAUCACUUCUCACUGGAGAGCAUGUGUAGAUUCUUGAAUGCUACAACUUGAUAGUAAGUAAUCUUUUGGCUGCAUUCAUGUCCCUAUCAAAAGGAACUUGUUAAUUUUUCUUUACAAGUCGUAAAGAUGUGAAUCAGUUAUUGAAGAUGCAUUUUUCAAAUGGAAAGGUUUAGAUACAUGCAACACUUUUUAAGAGUUUGGUUUUUGCGAAGAUUGCAAUGAUGCAAUCUUUGAAAUGUUCAGAUUUCUGGAAAAUUUGAAAAUGUGUUCAAAUAAAGAGAACCUGGACAACUGACGUGUUGGUGUGCUAGUGAUGCCACCAGGUGGUGCUGAACUGUUAUUCUAAUCAGAGCUUUUAAAGGAUAUGUCAGUAUCAGCAAUGAUGCCUCCUGUAGUUUAGUGUCUGAUGUUGCAGUUACAGUACAAGGUGAUCAGGUGUAAAAAAAAAUAAAAAAAAUAGAUUCUGAUAGGGUAUCCAAAAAAAGUCUAAAACAUUUAGAACACAUUUGAAGUAAUAGAGUAAUACCUGCAAAAUAAUUAAAACAUAUACCAUGUUUAUAGGCUUUAUCACUUUCUGCGUUUAUCUGACUCAAAUUUUAAAGUAGUUGCACAAUGGUGUCAUAGACCUGAAGCGUUAGUAAUUGUUAUAAAAUGCACUGCCCAUGUAACCGAGCCAUAACGGCCACAAGGGUGUGCAAUAGUUCAAUUUCUGAAACAACAGGCAAGCGAAUGAGCUUUAUGGGGGGAGAGUUUUGUUUUUAAUUG